AUGGAUAUUCUUAACGCUUUCAAUCGUUUGCCUACAAUCAGCUAUUUUGGAGUUCGGCGUGACGAUGAUUUUGCUGAUCGGUUAAAUUAUAAAUAUACCGUGGGCUUAUUAAUAUUAUUUUCAAUAAUUGUUGCUAGUAAACAAUUUUCAAAUGAUCCUAUUCAAUGUUGGGUACCAGCUAUAUUCACUCGAAACUACGAAAUCUAUGUGUCUAAUUAUUGUUGGAUACACAAUACGUAUCAUAUAAACAUCAGUGAGCCACAAAUGCAACGAGCACAUGAAAAACGAUACGUACUACGAUACUAUCAAUUUGUUCCAUUUAUUUUACUAUUACAAGCAUUAUUCUACGUGCUGCCACGUUUAUUUUGGCGUUCAUUUAGUCGUCAUUCAGGUAUCGAUGUACGAAAUAUAAUGGAGGCAGCACAUAGCCUUAAAAGUGUGAAACGUUUUCAUAAGCAAAAAUCAAUAAUGGGCUAUCUUGUUUCGUUGAUGCAUCAGUAUGUUGGUGAUCCACGAAAACGAUUAAAACAACAGCAUAGCAAAGUCAAUAGAUAUCUAUAUGGUUUAUUUCAUUGUUUCUUUCGAAGUUCGAACGUUUUCAAUUCAUAUUUAUUUCUUCUUUAUCUAUUAACGAAAGUUAUAUUUAUUCUAAAUAAUUUCAUUCAAGUAUAUGCAAUUCGACUUUUACUUGAGGAAAAAUGGACUGUCAACCAAACGUUAAAAGGUUUUCAAAAUAUAUUUACAACUGGCAUAUUACGUACUAAUCCGGUAUCGAAAUUUUUUCCAAAAAUAAGCAUGUGCGAUUUUAGAAUUAUUGAACCAAAUAGUGAUGAGGGGCACAAAUAUACUGUUCAAUGUGUUUUAACCAUAAACGUUUACAACGAACAAAUCUUUACUCUUCUAUAUAUCUGGAUGCAUUUCGUACUUGUAAUAACAGUAUAUGAUUUUUUGUCUUGGCUGAUAUUUUUAAUUCUGCCACGUCUUCGUUAUUCAUUUUUAAUUAAACGUAUUCAAACUCAACACAGUGUAGCAACAGUGCGCGCUGGGAUGCAAGCAUUCGUUUACGAUUAUUUACAACAUGAUGGGUUUUUUAUUUUUCGACUUAUCUACGCAAAUGUGGGUGAUGAUGUAACAACAAAUAUUUUAACAAAUCUGUGGAAAAAUUUUCAACGCGCUGAUAAAUCAGCAAUGACUGAAAAUACAACAGCAAACAUUGGCGCAACUAUUUCAUUAACGGGAGCAGACAGCAAUGGAGUUCAUGGUAGGCACGAGGGUCCUGAAGGAUCUAUAUUUGAUUAUUCGAAAACAAGUACAAAUCUUUAA